AUGGAGAAGCAUAUUCUCUUAUUGAUUCUUCUCAUUCUAGUUCAAGUUUCUAUAUCAGUUACUUCCUCAAAUGAAACAGAUCAAGAAGCUCUACUAGCUUUUCAAAAUCUUAUUACAAGUCCUAGUCAUUUUUUGGCCAAUAAUUGGACCAAGAAUACUUCUUUUUGCUCUUGGUUUGGUGUCACUUGCAGUUCAAAAAGUCAAAAGGUCGGGUCCUUGGUUCUUCCUAAUUUGCAACUUCAAGGCGAAAUUUCACCUUCUUUAUCCAAUUUGUCCUUUCUCAGAGAGCUCAAUCUUGGAAACAACUUAUUACAUGGCCACAUCCCUAAUGGCCUAGGCCACUUGCCUCGCUUGCUAGUGAUUGAUAUUCAAAACAAUCAGCUCCAAGGAAGUAUUCCGACAAGUCUAUUUCAACACCAGAGAGUUCGAUUCAUUCGGCUGGCUUUCAAUAAACUCGGUGGUGAACUGUGGAAAGGGCCAUGUUUGUCUGGGAAUAGAAUCAACGGUGAUAUUCCAAAGGAGAUUGGUAAUCUGAACCAACUUGCAAAGGAAGAUCUUCCUAAUCUUAAAGAACUUCUCUUGGAACACAAUCAACUCGUAGGGGAAAUUCCUCCGUACAUCACAAAUGCUUCCAAGCUCGAGAUACUAGGUCUAGAAGUGAACUUUUUCAGUGGGACUAUACCGACUAAUUUGGGAAAUCUUCGUGAGCUGCGAGAAUUAUUCCUAUUUGGUAAUCAACUUACCAAUGAACCAAGAGAACAUGAAUUACGAUUCUUAAAUUCUUUGGUGGACUGUAUCAUUCCUAAGUCAUUGGAAACACUCAUAUACCUUAAAGACAUCAAUGUUUCAUUUAAUGAUUUAGAAGGUGGAAUACCUAGAGGUGGCGUGUUUGCAAAUUCCACUCCACAAUCUUUUUGA